UCUCGGGGAUGGAGGAGUCCCGCGCGGGGAUGGGCCAAGCAAUCACCUCUCUUUGCCUUCCCUGAAGAACCGGGCGACAAGCCGAGAACCAUGGCGGGCAUUAUCAAAAAACAGAUCCUCAAGCACCUUUCCAGAUUCACCAAAAAUCUAUCACCUGAUAAAAUCAACUUGAGCACAUUGAAAGGUGAAGGUCAGGUAACCAAUAUAGAGCUUGAUGAAGAAGUACUUCAGAAUAUGCUAGACCUUCCCACUUGGCUUGCCAUCAACAAAGUAUUUUGUAAUAAAGCUUCUAUUAGGAUACCAUGGACAAAAUUGAAAACACAUCCAAUCUGUUUGUCAUUGGAUAAAGUAAUAAUGGAAAUGAGUACAUGUGACGAACCCCGUGCCCCUAAUGGACCAUCACCUAUAGCAACUGCAUCAGGACAAAGUGAAUAUGGUUUUGCUGAGAAAGUUGUAGAAGGCAUAUCUGUUUCUGUAAACUCCAUUAUAAUCAGAAUUGGAGCAAAAGCUUUUAAUGCUUCAUUUGAACUUUCUCAGUUGAGAAUAUAUAGUGUAAAUGCAAAGUGGGAACAUGAUGAUCUAAGAUUUACUCGAUUACAAGAAUCACAGCGUGGAGAGGUAUUGACAUUUAAAGAAAUCAACUGGCAGAUGAUCAGAAUAGAAGCAGAUGCAAUCCAAAGCUCUCAGCAUGAAAUCAUGAGUGCUCCAGUUCGUCUGAUUACCAACCAGUCCAAAAUUAGAAUCAUACUUAAAAGAAGGUUAAAAGAUUGCAAUGUAGUGGCAUCCAAACUAAUUUUAAUACUGGAUGAUUUGCUGUGGGUUUUGACUGAUUCCCAAUUGAAAGCUAUGGUACAAUAUGCUAAAUCUCUUAGUGAAGCAAUAGAGAAAUCAGCUGAACAGAGAAAAAGCCUUGCUUCUGAACCUAUGCAGAGUUCCAUGUCAGCAUACAAUUCUCAGGAGAUGAAAACUCAACAGUCUUCAGCAGCUUCUGAUCAAAAUGAUGCAAUUGUAAGACUAUUCAAUGAUUUUGAUGUUAAGGAAACAUCUUAUCAUCUAGCAAUUUCUCAUUUGGAUCUGCAUAUCUGUGAUGAUAUUUACACCAAGGAAAAGGAUGCAAACAGGCGUGUUUCAGGAGGUGCUAUGCAGCUGUCCUUUAGUCAGUUAACUAUAGACUACUAUCCAUUUCACAAAGCAGAUGAGAGCUGCAGCCAUUGGAUGCAUUACAGUGAUGCUACAAAAACCAGAAGUGAAUGGGCAGAAGAACUGCUGCAAGAGUUCAAAGGAAAUGUUGAAUUGCUUAAGCAGGCUGUGAAGGAUCACAAAUUAGAUUCUCCAGUUAAAUCCCCAUUCCAGGAGUCUCCACAGCAUAUACAGAUAGGUAAGGAUCAAAUGUCAAAAGGAAUUUCUAAGACUUUUGUGUCAUCACAGCAGCCAAAGGAGAAAUUGAUGUCUAGCCCAGUAGUAGUUAGACUUGCUGAUGUCAAUUUUUAUCAGGUCUCUACAGCAGACCAGUGUCGCCGUUCUCCUAAAACUCUUAUUUCUUGCAAUAAAAAAUCUCUGUAUCUCCCACAAGAAAUGCCAGCCAUUCAUAUUGAAUUCACUGAAUACUACUAUCCAGAUGGCAAAGACUUUCCUAUUCCAAAUGCAAACUUGUAUAUUCAACUAAAUGCACUACAGUUCACUUUGGAUGAGAGAAGUAUUCUUUGGCUAAAUCAAUUUGUAUUGGAUAUGAAACAGAGUCUCAGUCAGUUUAUGGCCAUGUACAAGUUAAAUGACAAUUCAAAAUCAGAAGAACAUGUUGAUGUUCGAGUUGACGGAUUAAUGAUAAAGCUCAUCAUUCCUUCUGAAAGGAAGCAAAAACAUAAAGAUGAUCCAUAUGCAGUUUCCAUUCAAAGUUCUGAAAUGAUUGCUACAAAUGCUAGACAUUCAGCAAACUGUAGACACUCUGAUUUGGAAGCAGCAUUCCAAAACUUCAAAGACUCUACAUUCUUCAGUAGAACUUUCACAGAGUUUCCCAAAUCUUCUGAUUGUUUUAAUCUUUUGCAUCCCAUUUUUCAAAGACAUGCCCAUGAACAAGAUACAAAACUGCAUGAUAUCUAUAAAGGCAUUAUUACUCCUCAACUGAAUAAAUGUGCACUUAAAACUUCAGCUGCGUCAGAUGUUUGGGCAGUGCAUUUUUCUCAAUUUUGGAUGGACUAUGAAGGAAUGAAGAGUGGGAAAGGACGGCCAAUAAGCUUUGUGGAUUCAUUCCCACUUACACUUUGGAUUUGUCAACCUAUGAGAUGUGAACAGUCACACAAAGAGCCUUUUUGCAGUCAGGACUCUCUCAACAUUCUGAGAAGUGAGUCUUGUGACCUUGCUAAUCGCCUGCAGCAUAAAAAACGUCUGAAAGAGUAUUAUAGUACUGAGAUGGAAGCCUUCCCCAGUGGUACUGAUAAUUUGUGCUCUACUAAAAGUACUUCGGGAUCUCAGUCCACAUAUGUUGCAGACAUUCAUGUUUUACUUCAUAUUCAAAAACACGUAAGCAUGCAGAUAAAUCAUUAUCAAUAUCUUUUCUUACUUUACCUACAAGAAUCCCUUGCGUUACUACUGGACAACUUGAGGAAGGAUGUAGAGACUGUGACAGGGAAUCCAGCAAAAGAGGCAAAUGUCUGUAUUGGGAUCUUAUUGAAAAGUGCUGACAUAGCUUUGUUGCUUCAUCCACUAGUGCAAGGAAGCAUGUGCAACCCUCCUAUUUUAGAACAAGGAGGUCCAGUGACAUCAGAUCCCUUACCCAUGGAAAACAGAGAAUCUUAUGAAUCAGAAAGCAAGCUAGUUUCUACUUCUACUACACAGAUAAACAAUAUAGAUAUUAAUGUUGUAACCAAUUGUGAGUCUCUGAAUACUAAUCUUAAUCUUCCGAUAGAUCCAGUUUUAAAAUCAAAUAGUGACAUGGAUUUGCCAAGCGAAACUUCAUUUUUGAAUGAUGCAGCAGAAAAACAUUGGAGGAAAAUGAAUGAAAGUAAUAGUGGGCUUUUCAGUCGUAGUGAUUCAGAAGAAAUUUGUGAGUCACUAAGUGACAAUUCCUUUCCUAGAGAAUUGGCUGAUACGUCAAAUUGCAGAGAAGAUCCUAUCAAAAUUCUGAUGGGCAAGGAAGAAGAGAAAAGUGGUUUCUCAAAUAACAAAAGUAAAGCAGAAUGCUCAACUGUUAGAGUCAUAGAAACUGAAACUGAUUCUGUGGGACAGUCUGAGAAGUUUGAAAAUGGCAAAGAAAAAUUGGACACAGCAAAAAUGCUUGCAUUUCAGUCUUCAUUAAGUGGAAAGCCUAAGGAAUCGUGCCAGUCCAAUCUCCCUGCAUUCUCUGUUUCUUAUAAGAACAUGAAGAAAAGUCCAUCACAAGCGUCUUUGGAUACCAUUUCUACUGACAGUACCUUCUUUGAGGAGCACUACUUGGAAAGCGAUGGAAGUGACAGCCAAAGCUUUUUGGAAAAAGCUAUCUUAUCCAAUAAACCAGUGGAAAAUAUGCCUGAUGAAGGCACAGAGAAUGAGAAUUAUGGUGAAUCAUCUCCAGAUGUCCUCAGUGCCAAUUCAGAGUGUACUCAGGAUGCUAGUGAAGAAAUGAUGUCAGUGGUAGUUUUUAAAAUAUUUGGUAUUAAUGGUGAAAUCGACAUCAGAGGCGAAGACACAGAAGUAUGCCUUCAGAUAAAUCAUGUUUUACCAAAUCAGCUGGGCAAUAUCAGUGCUCGACAUUAUCUUUGCAACCGAACAGCAGGUUCAGAUCCUAAAUGUGCACCUGGGCCAAUUAAACCAACUCCUGAAGUAAGACUAAGAUGGGAAAGUGGACCCAAUGCUUUAAUACAUUCAUUGCAAUCUGAAAAAACUGGGUUUCUACAAUGUCAUGUAGAAGAUUUUACUGCUGACUUCUUAACUUCUUCACUUAUGAACAUUCAGCGUUUCUUGGAAGACGAAAUGCUUGCAGAAGUGAUGCCUAUGAAUGUAAAAAUUUCUAAUACAAAAAUCAACAUAAAAGAUGAUAGUCCUCGUGAUAGUUUGUCUGCUCCUGAAUCAGUCCCAGUAACUGUGUAUAUUGAUCUGCUUAUGAUAGAGAGGAAAGAUGAUGGCUCAUUUUACAUUACAGAUCACCAAACAGUUAGUAGUGAUUCACCAAAGACACAAAGCAGAAUAGGCAAUCAGGAUGCUGAAGCUGGUACGCACAAGAAAAAAAAAUUUCAGUCCCGAUCCACACAAACAUCUCCAGAAAUUAACACUCCCCAAGAAUUUAUGACUUUACCCAUAGUAAUCAAAGAACAGCUUAUAGAAGAAAAUGAAUGUCUAAAACAGGAAUUAGCCAAAGCCAAGAUGGCCCUUGCUGAAGCUCAUUUGGAAAAAGAUACCUUGCUUCACCAUAUUAAAAAAAUGAAUAAUGAAAAAUGUUAGCAGACCCUAUACAUCAAUGUGAAAGAGGAAAGGACACAUUUUAUAUUAUUUUUUGUUUAUGGAAUUGAACUCAGAGCAACAUUUCUGCAGAAAAUGCACUUGUAAAAAGGGAUAAGAAUUUUUUUUUUCUUUUUAAAUUCUUUUAAGUUGCAGUGAUGUGAAGAAGAACAAUUGCUAUUAUACAUCAUUAACUUGUGAAAUAACUGGUAAAUGAAUAAAAUAUUCCUUUGUCACUGAUAGGAUAACUUCAUCUUCAUUUGUGAAGAUAAAAAAUCUUUGUUACAACAAAAGGACUGUUCAAGAGAUAUUAAAUUUGCACUACACAUAAAAUGAUCCAUUAUGAAAAUUUGUAAUAGUCAUGCAGAAAUAGUUCAGGCGCCAACAGGAUGUGCUUAAAAAUUGGCACCUUCAAAUGUCAAAAUGUAUAGCUAGAGCAUGGGAAAGGAUAAUAUGGUGAUGUAUGUUGGGAAAAAUUGGAAAUUGCACAAGCAGUUGGACAACAAUUUCUUACUAGCUCACAAAAUAAUAGGGUUGUUAGAUCUGAGCUCUUUUUGAGGAUCAUUAGUCAUUUUUUUGCUUUGAAAAUGAAUCUCAGCCAUUCUUAAACUUUUACAUUUUUAACAAUUGAAUGUUCUUUUGUAAAUUAACAUCGCUGUAUAUUAAUAUGCUUGAAAACAGUUAUAUAAUUAUUUGAAUUUGUAACACUUUAACAAAAUGUAAAGUUGCAUUUUAUAUCACAGAUUAUGUGUAAAAAUUAAAGUUUAAAUUUUCAGUUUAAAAAUUGCUGUAAAUAAGUAAAAUACACCAACCUGUGCAAAAGAUUCUUAAAUUUUUAAAAUAACAACUAAAUCCCAUUAACACAUAUCAGGAUGAUAACAGUAUAUAGGCUAUUCAAUGAUCUUUCUCGAUCAUUACUUCAAGACAUUAUGAGGGGUAUGUAUUUGCUAUACUUGAACUGUAAAAUAAUUCAGGGAAUGAUUGAUUUCUUUUUUAAAAUAAAAAUAAGAGACCAAACGAUUAAAAUCUGGUGACUGAAUUACCAAAUUGGAAAUAAAAAAUAAUAAUUUGAACUGAAAUUAUUUUAAUCAAAGUUUAUCUGAUGUAACUCAUAUUUAUUGGAUUAAAAUAAUUGAAUUUUUUUGCAAAAAGACAACAAAUCAAGAUGUCCAAGUUAUGUAAAACAAUUAUAUAUGCCUUUAUUUUAAAAAAUAAUAGUCUUAAUUUUAUGAAGAUCAGCAUAUUUUUCAUCUCCUAUUCCUUUCAGUUGAAAUUAUCAUUUAUCUUUAGUUCUUCCUAAAUAUUAUCUCACUAGUUCUCCAUGCUUUCUUCUGCCACUUUAAUUAGUUUAUCAGAAACAAAAGUUAUGUAUCUCCAAAAUACUUGACUAAAUACAUGCUUGUUAAAUCCAACUGAUUUAAAUGGUAAAUUAUUUUCAAGAUUAUUUUUGUACAGGUUAUUUAUGUAUAGUCCAUUUUAAAAGACUACACAUAACUAACCACCAUUUAACUUAGUAUUAAGAUUCAUUUAGCUUCCUGCAGUUUUAUUUCUAAGUAGGCAUAUGUAAAAUUAUAUUACAAAAUAAUUAUAUACAGGUAGUCUUUGGUCAAUGAUAACAAUUGGAACUAGAAUUUCUAAGGCUAACCAAUGCAGUCAUAAAGCAUGUUGUGACCGUACCACUUAGAAAUAGCAGUUCUGGUACUUCUAGUUCCCAAUGUUAAGCAAAUUCCACAAUGCCAUAUAGUUGUUAUUUGUGACUUGAUGGCUUUCCCAUUCACUGUGCUUGUAAGAAGCCAGCAAAGAAGCUGAGCAACCAAAUGGCACGACUGUGGGGACACUGCAGAGGCUGGAACUUUGAGGACUGGUUGUAAGUACCAUUUGUUCAGCACCAUUGUAAGAUGUGUAAGCACUGUAAGGUGGAAAUUGCUUGAAAUUCAUACUGUUGUUCUCUUAUUUCAUGCUUGUCAUACUAUGAUAUCAUAGCAACAGUUUGUCAAAAAAUAAUAGAAUGCGGUUUUGCUCUUGUUUGAAUUCACUGAACAAAUCCAGUGCUGUAAGUCUGGCCUAAAUAGACCAGACAGGAAAUACAACCAGAUCAACUAAUUCUACUUUACUGUAAAGCUACAUGAAAAGAAACUUGUAAAUCUGAAAGUACAAUUCUCCCACUGUCACCUUUAUAGCCCAAGAACUUAGAUUCCCUUUUGAGCUUCUUGCUCCACCCACUUUGCAGCUGUGGGCUAUAUUGUCUCUUAUCUAAUAGUUCCCUAGGCAGCAUCUCUUCACCCAGUCUCCCGAGAUCUUUUUCACAGAACAUUAGAAGCUACUGUUUUAUACACUUUGCUGUUCUUUAUAAAAAAAGAUUUUUGAGUUAACAAUUUUUAAAGCAUAGAAUUGUCAUUUUAAAGCAAAGAAUAUUUUCAUUUUCUGAUUUCAGUUUUUUAAAAAAAUCAAUUAUUGGUGCUGUGAAAAAUAAUCCUUCAAAUACUAAAAUUAAAAAUUGUAUUAACAGAUUCUUAUGAAUGAAUUAAGGCCUCUUACUUCAUGC